AUGGGCACGCCCAGCUCAUCCGUACCGAACUGCAUCACCGCAACACUGCCAUCCAACGAGCAGGCAAACAACUUCAGGCCGCAUGGGCUCCAUGCCAGGUCCAACACUGUGUCUGUGAACACAUCGCGUGCUGCGACUAUGGCGCGAGUGUCUGAGGCUGUCCAGAGUGAGAGGGUGUUGUCGCGUGCCCCCAGCAGACACCGAGGACUCCAUCUGUGGGGGCGUGAGGGGACGGGUGAGGUUGGGGGUGGAUGUGGGUGUGAUGGGGUAG